AUGUUUCUUGUCCAUUUCUUGAAACAAUGUCUUUUCGACUCGCUCACCAACCAUUGGUUUGUUAAAACUACAGACUUGCUGAACGACUUGCAUAAGUACAAUGAGAAAUACGACUCCUAUGCAGACAUGAUUGAUGACGAUUGGGACAAGGAAACCAACUACGAUAACCCGAAAAACUGGCCAGUUUAUCUCAAAGCAUUCUUCUGCUUCGAAAUAGGGUUCCUCUGUCUUUCUGUGUACAUUGGACUGUCCAUUUAUACUGCGGGAAUGAAAGACCUUCAGCAAGAAUUUGGUGUGGGAAGAGAAGUUGCUUUAUUACCCAUGGUUUUGUUCGUGCUAGGAUACGGAGUCGGACCGCUAUUCUUCGCUCCAAUAAGUGAAUACUACAAGAUUGGACGAAGCCCCGUUUACAUUACAACACUUUUUCUUUUUGCAGUUCUUCAGAUUCCCACUGCCAUGUCACAAACGAUCACUUCAAUUUGCAUUUUACGCUUUUUCAACGGUGUAUUUGCUUCUCCAGUGCUAGCCAUGGGCGCAGCGUCAGUUUCUGAUGUUAUAAAGACACCAUAUAUCCCCACUGUGAUCGGAGGUUGGGCCGUUUGUUCUCUCUGUGGACCCAGUUUGGGUCCGGUAUUAGGAGCAGCAAUAAACUCCAGGAAAGGCUGGAGAUGGUGCUUCUGGUUUUUGUUGAUUAUAACAGGCUCGUCUCUUUUACUGUUUGCACUUUUUUUGCCAGAAACUUACCCUCCUACUUUAAAGUUCAAAAGAGCAAGACACUUGCGAGAACUUACGGGAAACUCCGACAUACGAACUAAUGAAGAGUUGAGGCACUUGGCAGUGGAUAGGGGUUUUGUCAAGGAAUAUCUCUUGAGAUCUGUUGAGAUAACUGUUUCGGAACCAGUGGUUCUUUUCAUCAACAUCUACUCGGCUUUGAUUUACAGUAUUUUGUACUUGUGGUAUGAAACGUUUCCUAUGGUAUUUGAGGAUAUGUAUGGGUUCACACCGCUACUCGAGGGUGUCAGUGCUACCAGCAUGCUUGUGGGAGUCAUUCUUGGGUCCGUCGUAUACACAAUUUUCAUCUACUUCAAAUUCACCAAAAGAUACACCAAAAGUGAGAUGGUUUAUCCUGAAGUUUUCCUACCCAUGGCGGUGAUGGGAGGGUUUCUCUUACCGGCGGGAAUCUUCAUUUUUGCCUGGUCGGCUACCCCAAAAGCUCAUUGGUGCGGACCAUUAAUAGGAGCUUGUAUAGCUGGGUUUGCAAACUUUAUCAUUUUCGAAACUUUGAUCAACUAUUUGGGAAUGUCGUUUCCUGACUACUAUGCCUCCGUUAUUGCAAGCAAUGGGUUAUGGAGGUCGGUGGCCGCUAGCGUUGCACCGCUUUAUGCUCAACCAUUGUACACCAAUCUAGCCACCAACAAUUUUCCUGUUGGAUGGGGAUCCAGUGUUUUGGGAUUCAUAGCCACGGCAAUGAUCUUGAUCCCACUUGUGUUUUAUUGGAACGGGCCCAAGGUGAGGUCGGUGUCCAAGUUCACAGACUUUGAAAUGACAUGA